AAAACAAAAAACAAAAACGUUUCUUUAGACCGGAAGUGGUACUUUUUGAACGGAGCUAGUUCCGGUUAGCUUCACGCGUACGCAGAGGAGUCGGAUAUAAACUGGCCGCUUGUGUUUCCGGUGAAGGACACUUGGGGAAAAAAAAGAAAAGAAAAAAAGAAGCCUCAGCUCCUAAAACUGUUGGUGAAAGACAGAUAAAACAACAGCAACAGCCUGUCAACGGUCGAACCGUUGUCCAACCGUCAAGCCUUUAGAGAACGUAAACCGGGGAGGACAUUUCUGUGAAGCUAACAUGGCUGGCAAAUGGAUGGAAAAGAUAUGGAAUUCAGAGACGGGAGAGUUUUGUGGGCGAACAGGGAACAGUUGGCUUAAAAUAUCCAUGUUCUACGUGUUUUUCUACGCGUUCCUGAUCGGGGUUUUCAGCUGCACCAUUAUCGUCUUGCUGAAGACUUUACCAAUCAACAGACCCAAACACCAGGACCGAAUUCUUCCCGCAGGUCUGUCAUUCGAACCCUAUGCCCACAACUUUGACAUCGUUUUCAGCCAGAAAAACCCGAUUUCAUAUGAGAAGUACGUCAAGAGCUUGAAGGCGUUUAUUGAGCGAUAUCAGGAUGACAAACAGACUGACGACUUGAAAUAUGAGGAUUGUGGAUCCACCCCGACGACAUACACCGAACGCGGCGAAGUCGAAGGUACAACAAAACAGAAAAAAAGUUGCCGCUUCAGCAGAAAGGUGCUUCAAGAAUGUUCCGGGGAAACCGACGACACCUUUGGCUUUAAGGAGGGAAAGCCGUGCCUCCUACUCAAGAUCAACAGAGUCAUCGAUUACAGACCAAAACCUCCUACCUCGAGCGUUAAGCUUCCAGAUGAGCUGUCAGGCAAACCCUUGGACAACGUCGUCCCCGUUCACUGCACGAACAGGUGGAAGCGAGAUGACGGCUUGGUCGGAGAGGUCAAGUACUUUGGCUUUGGGGGCAUCGGCGGUUUUCCUAUGCAGUACUACCCCUACUACGGUAAAAGGCUGCAGUCCAAUUACUUGCAGCCUCUGGUGGGCGUCAAGUUCGCCAACCUCACCAGGAACAAGGAGAUUCGCUUGCAGUGCAGAAUGUACGGGAGCGGCUACAAUAUGGACACCCGUGAUGGAUUAUUUUACGUUCACAUCACUGUGAACGACUGACCCCAGAAACGACGAUGGCAAAAUAAAAAAUAAAAAAAAAUAACGUAGAAAGAUAUUCAAGAGUUCAGAUGCCGUCUUUGAGUUGAUCUCUCUUUUCUGUCCAGAGUUGAAAUAGAAUGUAAAAUACUCAAUAGCAAAUAUUCUUUCUUCUGUCAAUGGGCGAUUGUAUCGGGGAGGCGGAUUAGGGGGACAAAUGGGAUGUUUAUUGAUUAUUUUAAAACUGCAGUUUUGCUACUGAUGUAUAGCGAGUUGUCUUUGUUUCAUCCUUACUGGUUUCUAUAUAUUUUCAAAGAUCCAGUUUGUAGGCCAGCCAUGUUAUAAUAUUCUGUUUCAUAUCUGCUUUCAGAGUCCAAGGUGUCCCUGCAGGUGUUUAUGAGUUGAUAGUGUUUGUCUUUGUGUUCAGACUAAAUUGAAAUACUAUCUUGGUACUCUAAGGUGUUAAGUUGACUGAGCUAUAUGUUGUUUUUAUGCAUCUUCUUAUUCAAGUUCGCUGCAGAAGAAUAUUUUGUUCAUCUCCAUAAUUAAAUAGGUUUUGGAGGACAUUUCUGUUCAGUACAAUGUUUACUUGUCUUAUUGAUUGUAGCACUUAGAUUUUUAUCAUUGUAAAGUGCAUUACAAAUAAAGAUUAUUGUUGAUACUA